GCGUGGUUCCACAGCAGAGCGGAUUAGAUCCAGAGGGAUAAAGUUAGUCUCAUCUUGCACAGAACCUCUUGCAGACUUGGGUUCACAUCGGUUAAAUAGUGCCAACUGGUUCUUUGUGUAUUAGCGAGAAGACAAUAAAUUGUCCCCCCCCCCCCCCCCGGUGAAAAGUGGCCUUCUACGUAAUCCUUUAAUCUCGUUAUGUGGAUAAAAAGGAUCAUAUCACAGGAAGUGGGCUAAUCUAUUACACAAAACGUUUGGUUCAUUCCAUGUUGCUUUUUAUUUUGGAGCAAAAGGCCCAAGAAAUGAACGCUUCCGGUUUACUUUCCGCGCAGUGAAAUGAAAAGAGCAUUUAAUGAGGCCCGCUGCGUGUGUGUGUGUGUGUGUUUGUUUGUUUUAAGGCCCUUUGUUUGGCCCUUCGCGGGGGUGCGCGCUUUCUCCCAGGAGCGCGUCCGCGGAUUGUUUCCGAGGAUCCAGGAGCGAGGAGAAAAAAAACGAAAACAAAAAACAAAAAAACUCCAUUGUUGUGGAGAAGUUUUUAAUCUGGGGGAUUUAAAGCCCGUCACAUGCUCCGACUGAGCAGCAGGGCGCAAACUGCUGCACGUUGGGGAGGAAAUAACGAUUCAUCCCGACGGGACCGAGGAGGGGGGACAUUUGGGGGGGGCAUUUGGGGUUGUUUUUCUUGGAUUCUCCGGUGAUCAAUGCCAGCGAAGCUUUUUCUUUUAGAGAGUUUCGCACCACAUGAGUCGUUUUAGACAGAACCGAAUCGGGAAGGAGAAACGUUUUUUUCUUCAGUAAUUCUCUGCAGAAACCGGAGAGCCGGGAGAAAGAUGACGCUCAAGUACAGCCAGCGGUCCCUCGCGGUCCUGUCUCUACUGGGGAUCUUAUCGGCCAUCAUGUCGGUGUUAUCGGUCAUCUUGAUUUUCCAGCUUCGGUCCGUGCAGACCGGAGAGAACGAGUCCCCCCCGUCCACCUCCUCGCUGAUCCCGGCUCCGAUCUGGGCCGUCCUGCUGCCCGUGUCCACGGUGCUGUGCGCCCUGUCCCUCACCCUGCACCUGAGCUCCGUGGUGGUGUGUCUCCUCCACGGCUACUUCUCCACGGAGGUCUGCGGAGGAGAGGACGAUGCCGAGAGAGAAGACUGGUUCCUUUUAGACAGCAGAGCGGUGCGACACGUGGCCAUCGGACUGUUCUGCCUCGGGGUUUCUGUCUACUUGGCAGCCAUGUCCAUCUUCAUGCUCCUGAUAUUUGAGGUGGAGACGGGCGUGGCGAGCGCCUGCGUGCUCUCCUCGGGGAUCUUGGUCUUACUGGUCGUUGUGAUCCACACGCUGGUCAAAGCGUCUCGCGGGGCGAAGCGCCUCGGCGGCGGCGCCGGCGACCGCCUCGGCGCGCUCUUCCACAACGACCCGCCCGCCCCCCGGCACCGCGAGCUCAAGGUCGGCGUGGACAAGCCGCGGAUGGCGCGCAGCCAGUCCCGCCUCCAGCAGCAGAUGUCCUACCCGCCGGGUGGCGACCCGAGGCCGCCGCAGUACCAGCCGCCGCAGUACCCGGCCCCCGGGGGCCCCCGGGGCCACGCCGGCGACGCGGACGGCUACAGCAGCGGCGGCUCCCGGAUGCACAGGACGCUGUCCACCGAAUCCGGUCUGCUGCAGGCCCAGGCUCAGCCCUGGAACGGGGUCAACAACGAGAUGAGGAGCGUCCUCGCGCGCAAGUCUGGGAUUUCCGCGAAAGACUCGACGCUGGUUUGA